AUGCGCCAAGUGCUAAACACUCGGUAUUUCAGGAGUUCUUCCAGAUCGCUCAAAGCACGUCAGGUGGAGGCCCGCAAAACAAACCCACAACAGUCUUCCGCGAUUCCGGAACUGUCGCCCACACCACCAACAGAUCAGCAAACUGACAUCAGUCCGCAGAACGAUGCUUCCAGGCUGCAAACAGUAGGAGUGGACUCUGCUUACGCGCCCCCGCCCAGCAGGAACUCGGCUCAGGAAGGCUCAGAGAUGCUUCUGGUCCGGCUGACGGAUAUACGAGACAACGAUGAAGUGGGACCCCGGACUAACAUGACUAACAAGGUCGUUUAUUUCGGGGACGAGUCCAUUUGGUUUUAUAGCCUUCGAAAGGCUCGGAACAGCAAGUCCAGAUAUUCUGCAAGUCCACAGUCCAGCGCACAAUCGGUGGACAGUAACAUCCACUAUAAAGUGCCUCAGACACUAGAUGAUCAGCCUCUAGAUGUCCCAGAGGACGAUCUCGGCCUAAAGCAAGAAGAGAUUCAUUUACUCCAGCAAAAAGGGGCGUUUUCUCUGCCACCUCCGGACAUCCAGAGGGAACUACUUGACGCAUACUUUUUAUGGCUUCAUCCUUUACAGCCGAUCAUCGACAAACAACAAUUUCUUUGCGUUUUUGACUCCGGUCAGGCGCCCAUGAUUCUCCUCCAAGCACUGUUGUUUGCAGGCACAACCUGCUGUGACGAGAAUGUCAUCUUGAAAUAUUGGCCGAGUCGUCGGUCUGCUCAGGCUGCUCUAUACAAGCGGACCAAGGCCCUUUAUGACGCCGAUCAGGAACAGAAUCGUGUCACUAUUGUUCAAGUUCUUUUCUUGAUGUGUUUCUGGUGGGGCAGUCCCACGGACAACAAAGACUUCAGUCACUGGCUGGCGGCAUCUAUACAUCUGGCGCAAGUAAUGGGCAUGCAUCGAUCAACAAAACACUCGCAACUGUCCAUCAAAGAUCGGAAACUCUGGAAACGAAUCUGGUGGACCUUAUAUGUUCGGGAUCAUUUCGACGCUGCAUCAGUUGGCCGUCCUAUGAUGAUAAACGACGACGACUGUGAUAUCGAACCGCUGCGCGAGACUGAUUUCGAACACGGAGAAGACGGGAAGCCGCCACUGGGAGCUGGUCACUGCAUUGAAAUGACGAAAUUAGCAGCUCUGAGUAUGCGUUCAACUCUCGUUGGCAAAAGCGAAUUGGGCUGA